AUGAAAAAUGACGGUUCUAGAGCAUCUAGAGCUUCGAAUACUCAGAGUAGGACUCGGACAAAAGGUUCUCAGAUUAUUAAUCCCAAUCCUAUUCGUAAGUUUCGGCAUUUUUUUCAUUGUAUUUUAGUUUAAAAUGGCAAAAAAAUUUUGAUCCUCCUCCGUUUUUUUAAUUAUUUUUUUUACCAUGCCCAUUUUUUCAAAAAUAAAUAAUUUUGAGAAGAUAAUCUAUACUUUAAAAUAAAAAAAAUAAAAAAAAUUACAAAAAAAAAUUUUAUCCGCCCAAAAAAAAAUAAAAACUUUUUACCCCGCCCGAAAAUUUUUUGUUAAAAAGGUAAAAGCCAGCCCUAUUAAUUAAUAUAUGUACAUUUAAUACCUAAAUUUUCAGCAAUAGUCGAUUCAGACCCAUUCGUAUGUCAUCGACUGGACCUGACCUCUGACUAUGACGAUGACAUUAGGACAGACGAGCUGAUAUGUUCGUAUAACAAUUACUCGGAUGGAGAACUGUCGGACGAAUGGAAGUCUGGGGAAUCGACCGACAAUCAGGAUUUGGACCAAUCUUCUGUGCUUUUGACUUGUCCACAUUGUCAUGCUAGUGUAGGCGUGGGUUGGGAAGGGGGAGGGGGGGGUAUGUGUAAUGUUGAUUUGUUGGUUUACUAGCUUAAUAUAUUUCAGGCCUACACCAAAGUUACUCUAACUCGGAAUACCUUCAUGACCAAACUAGCUAUACUCUUGUUCCUAUUCGGCUUUGCUACAUUUGGCUUUGGCUGGUACAUGAUGAUUGUGGCACUAUGUGUUCCCGGCUUCUGUAGCGCCAAACACACCUGUCCGGACUGUCGUACCGUCAUUGGGAAGUUUAAAACAUGA